GCUUUGCUGUCUUCCAGACGGAUUGGUUGUGAUUCCAUUGGCUGGGCUUCCCAUUGGGUGGUUCUCAUGUCAAACCUUUGAGCCUAGCCUAUGUACCGCUAUCAUGUUUCUUUGAGACCGAUAGUCUCUUGUCCAGAGAUGCUGUUCUGGGGACACUCGUAGCAUCAGCACCACUAGUCUCUGUGGGAUGGAGUCAGUAAAUCCGAGAUCGUGUGAUGAAGGAGGCAUGUGAUCUGCAUUGGAGCCAAGAGCUUAAGUGCUUAGUGCUGGCUUUGAUACUGUUGAUCACACCAUCUUGCUGAAUAGAUGAGACAGCGUUGUGUGUGGAAACAAAGGAUGGGUUUUAUAAUGCCAGGAGGAAGAAGAGGGGCAGACAGGAGCUGAACGAUUGCCACAAAAGAACCUGAAUCUUGCCGUUGGUCUGACAUCUUCAGCUUUAAAUGGAGAGGCAGGAGGACUGCGAAGUGGAGAAACGGGGGAACGACAUAUUUCCUAAGCACGUUUUGCUUUAAAAAAAUAAAUAUGACGCUCUUGUCAAAAGAAGAUCUGGCUGCUGGAAAUUGAAGCAAUCCAUUAUUGACCAUUAAUGUCAAGUGAUACAACUAAGCAGCAUAAUGCUGCCCAAUUUGAAAUAGUACCACUAAUGGGAAAUAAGCCACUCAAGGUUCAGUACACUAAAUAUAAGUAAAUGUAACAUAAUGCCUUCAAAGGUCUCUUGCUUAUAUGUUUUGACAGUAGUUUGCUGGGCAAGUGCUCUCUGGUACUUAAGUGUCUCUCGCCCAUCAUCCUCAUAUGUUGGCCAAGCGUCAGUACCUCAGAGACAAGUAGCAAAAAGCAAAAACGUGACAUUUAACAACAUCCGGACUCGCCCCUUGAAUCCACAUUCAUUUGAUUUCCUUAUCAACGAGCCUAAAAAAUGUGAAACCAAUGUCCCUUUCCUGGUCAUCCUCAUCAGCACAACGCACAAGGAGUUUGACGCGAGGCAGGCCAUUCGGGAAACAUGGGGAGACGAAAACAACUUCAACGGUAUCAGGAUUGUCACUCUAUUUCUCCUGGGCAAAAACACGGACUCUGUUUUAAAUCAGAUGGUGGAGCAGGAAAGCCAGAUUUUCCAUGACAUUGUGGUUGAAGACUUCAUUGACUCCUACCAUAAUCUCACCCUCAAAACCUUGAUGGGCAUGAGAUGGGUGGCCACCUUUUGCUCAAAGGCAAAAUAUGUAAUGAAGACAGACAGUGACAUUUUUGUAAAUAUGGAUAAUCUGGUCUACAAGCUUUUAAAGCCGACAACAAAGCCAAGGAGGAGGUACUUCACAGGCUAUGUCAUCAAUGGAGGGCCUAUAAGAGAUGUACGCAGUAAGUGGUACAUGCCCAGAGAUUUAUACCCUGACAGCAAGUACCCGCCAUUCUGCUCAGGGACAGGCUAUGUGUUUUCUGCAGAUGUAGCAGAACUUAUUUACAAGACAUCUCUCCACACUAGGCUGCUGCACUUGGAGGAUGUGUAUGUUGGCUUGUGUUUAAGGAAACUUGGUAUCCACCCUUUUCAGAACAGUGGCUUCAAUCACUGGAAAAUGGCUUAUAGCCUCUGCCGAUACCGGAGAGUUAUCACAGUGCAUCAGAUAUCUCCAGAAGAAAUGCACAGGAUCUGGAAUGAUAUGUCAAGUAAGAAGCACCUGAGAUGUUAGUUCCUCGGGUCUGGGAAGAGCAAAACUUUGAAUUAUUGAGAAAGCACCAGGAUCACAUGAUCAGAUCCAUUUAAUUUUCAAGUAUGAUGACCACUGUUGUAAAAGUCUUUAAAAAAAGUUAUUGAUGUUCACUUCUUCUGCGACUUGCUGGAUUUAACUUUUUUUGUGUGUUUAUUAUGAGCCUACAAGGUUCGAAAGGUGCAUGGUUUUGCUAAAACAAACAUGACACCGAUAUAUGAGUCGUGUUUGACAGUUUAUUUUGUGUUCAGAAAUAAUGGAAAAUUCAAGAACAAUCGAUAUUAAUAAUGUACAGAGCCAUGCCAUAUUAAAAUGAGCCGCCUUCAAAAGGAAAAUAAUAUAACUGAUGCAAAAUCAGCAGUGGUUUGGAGGUAUCUUCAUUGCUUCAUUUAAAAAUGUGUUCAGUAUUUGAGAGAACCUGUCGUAAAGACUGAAAUUAAGAGCAACUAACAAUAUGAAGUAAGAGUGGGACAAUAAUGCUCUGUUAAUUUUAAAGUUAAGGUUUGUAUUAAACAACUUCCUCAUAGUGUACCAUAUGAAAAUUGCUUGAAUUGGCAAUAGGGCAAAAAGUAUUUUUAGGAUAUUUUUUGUUUCUUUUUUAAUUUACAUAUGUGACUCUGUAAAUUUGAAAGGUUUCAGAUAAGUCUAACCGUUGGUAUUUUUGGCACUGUUCUCACUAGAGAAUACAACUUUUGCUGCUAAAAUAUCUUUGAAAUUCUUGUCCCUCAGCCUUGCCAAUGUCCUCUCAGAUUCUUGUGCUCUUAAAAUGUCUUUGGAAAAUGUGCAAUACAUUUCAGGGUUGCUUAAUUAUUAAUUGCCAGUUUUAUGAGUAUUAAUAUCAAGCACAAAAUGUGACGUGAACACAAUAUGGUAUUAAGUAGCUUGUCUAUUAUAUGAGACUGAUGGAGAAGGCUGUUAAUUCUGCCAACAACUUAAAGGUUCUAUGGGAAAACAGAUGAUUCCACUAUGUGUAAAGGAUACCCAUUUCAAUUUUAAAGCAGGCAUUUCUAAGUUUGUUUCAAUGUGUACAUGCACACCAUUUUUUGUAAGAUGCUAGUGAAUUUUAAAUCUAUAGUAAAAAAUAAGCAGGACUCAAAGAACUGAACUGAGGGUCUAAAAGAUUUCUUUAUGUUGACGUAAAACACACUUAGGUCUAAAAUCUAGUGUGGCGUAAUACAGCGUAGGAUGAUGUAUAAAUGAAGAGGACUUCAUUAAAUAUUAGUGACACAGUGGGGAAAAAAGUAUCUAUAUAUAAUGCCAGCAUUUGAUCAGAAAGGCAGCAAUAUGACCCAUGUAUAAAAUCAUGCAUACUGAAGCCAAUCAUGAAUGUCAUUAAAUUAAUAUUUUUUGUUAAAUCAAGAAAUAAGAAAAAACAUUGUUGGAUGUAUUGUACAAUAGAACAGCUAUUAAUGAUAGCUAUCAUUGCUGCUCAGUGUUAAGAAUCAACUGUGUAUAAAUAAUUUGAUGCUUAAAAGGUGCCAGGCUCAAUUUUGAAAUGUCAGCAAAAAAGGAACCCUUUUUUCUGAAUGAAAAAAAUGAUGACCUCUGUCAUUUGACACUAACAAGAUGCAACUGUAGCUCUUUUUAAAUGUUUAAAUAUCAAAAUUGUUUCCUUUCUUUCAGAAAAUGAUGGUGAUACACUGUGCUCUCAAUUCAAAAUUGGGCUCUGUUUAUAUUCUAAUGUAUGUACAGAGCUUAUUAAUUUCUUCAGCACCAGUAUGUAUCAAUGGGUAUAUGUAUUAUGUUGUAUAAGUGACAUAUUGUAACUAUGUACAUUCCUAUGUGAAUGUAUUAUCAUGUGUAUGUGAAGUAUCAAAUUUUAAUUUAAGCACUGCUAUUGAAAUUACUGCAAAUAAAUAUAUUUUGUAUAACUUGAGUCUGAUAAAGACAGCUUAAAAUGGCUUCUGUCAGAGCCAGUAUAAUUGUAAGCAUACACAGAACAUUUUUUAUUCUGUAGAAUUUGAGCUGUUGUGAUAUUUUACUGUCAAAGCAUACAAAACUUUCCUAACUGAUUAUUGUUAUGUACAGUAUGCCAUUUUUUACAUUGAAAUAAACAUUCUUGAGCAUUA